AUGGAAACUGAACAACAAGAAGAACAUGCUGCUAUUAUGCAGAACAAUCCUGCCACGCCCGCGUCCUUGAGCGCGUUGGAAAAGAUGCCGGCUGAAAUCAUUCUCAUGGUUGGAGCAGAGGUCAGCCCCUCCGAUUUCAUGGUUGCUACACUUGUUUCCAAGCGUCUUCGAUCAGUCCUCCUCCAUCGGCGUUUCAAAAACCUCACAUUUUCUGGAUCCUUAAAAAAGCUGGCCCACGAUAUGCGGUCUUUUCUUUCCGGCGAAUUUAAGAACUUGAUGAUGACAAUCCUUUCUACUCUCAAGUCCGUCACUAUUCGCUUCGAACCCUACAGCCGCGCCGAGAAAUCUACCGAUUUGCACCUUUCGACGUACCGAAUCGUGGUUAUUGGUGAAUUCGUUUCCAAGUUAUCGUCAAUUGAUCUGAUCUCUUUCAACAACCAAAUUAAGGACGAUAUUGACUUUACUGAGGCAUUCCGCAGCACACCGAAGUGGAAUGGCCCCAAGGCCGUCAUCUUUUGUGGUCGCAGGAACUUUCUGAUCUUCAGUGCCCUCAUAAACCAAUUCGCCCCUAAUACUGUCAAGGCAGUUCAGCUUCCUCGCCAAACUGCAAGCAGACAUCCUUUGGCCUUGAAAUCAGCAUUUCCCUUACUCAAAGGUUUGAUGGUUGAUGUAUCUUCACUCAAGAGUCGUUCGCGAACGCUUGCCUGCAUGAGCAGCAACAUUCUUCAACGAAUGAAUGAAUACUUUCCGCACCUGGAAGCUCUUAUACUCUAUCAGGUUGAUAUUGUAGCGUGCCUGUCGGGUAGUCUACGUAUCUGCAAAGGGCUACAUCUGCUAAACCUUAAUGAGUACGUCGAGAGACUUAUUACACAGCUGAAGUCGAUGCCACGACUGCGUCGUUUCGCUUUUACCAUUGAGGAAGAGUCGCUUCGUUUGGAAUAUGACUGUCAUUUGUUUGACAGGCUAGCCUCCAGUUCGGGGGGAGACGAAUCAGGCGAUCCAAUGCAGGCCACUCCUGAGCUGAAUCAGUGGCCCUACUGGCUGCCAACCUAUGCUCAAAAGGACUUGUGGUGGUCAGAACUCAUUACUCGCAUUCUUAAGGCCGUUCCACAACUCAAAGAGCUCUGUAUCGUGCACAGUCCUUUGGAAUAUCACCAAGGAACCAAGACCGAGGGCAUCGUAACGGUUCGCGAGGAGGAGAUUGCUUGUUCGGACAAUUCAUCCCAAUUCCCCUACAUUUUGGUGGAUAUUGAUUGA